AAUUAUUAUUAAGAUAAUUUGUCUCAAGAUUAUUUGGUCCAAAGAAGAAGAAAAAUUUGGUGGUCCUGACGCUGGAACAUAGUGAAGUUUAACUGAAAAUGGUCCAUAAACUUUAGUGUCGCUUUAUCAUUCAGCGGUAAAGUUUACAAUGGCGGAUUCUGCUCCAGCCGGUGGACGAGGUGGGUUUCGAGGUGGAUUCGGCGGUUCUCGAGGCCGUGGUGGCUCCAGGGGACGCGGUCGUGGUCGUGGUAGAGGCCGUGGCCGUGGUAAGGAUGAUCAAAAAGAAUGGAUUCCCGUCACUAAAUUGGGACGUCUAGUAAAAGAAGGAAAAAUCCAAAACUUGGAACAGAUCUAUCUGUUCUCUCUGCCAAUCAAAGAGUUUGAUAUCAUAGAUUACUUUAUCGGUUCAACUCUCAAGGAUGAGGUUCUUAAGAUUAUGCCAGUACAGAAACAAACCCGUGCUGGUCAACGUACUAGAUUCAAGGCUUUUGUAGCUAUUGGUGACAGCAAUGGUCACAUUGGUUUAGGUGUAAAGUGCAGCAAGGAAGUAGCAACUGCCAUCCGUGGUGCUAUUAUUCUUGCCAAGCUUUCUGUUGUUCCAGUAAGAAGGGGUUAUUGGGGUAAUAAGAUUGGUAAACCCCACACGGUACCAUGCAAGGUAACCGGUAAAUGCGGUAGUGUUACUGUGAGACUCAUUCCAGCACCUAGAGGAACUGGCAUUGUGUCAGCUCCAGUUCCCAAGAAGUUAUUGAUGAUGGCUGGUAUUGAAGAUUGUUAUACCUCUGCUAGGGGUUCAACUGGAACACUGGGUAACUUCGCCAAAGCAACUUUUGCUGCUAUCGGCAAGACCUACUCCUACUUGACUCCUGACUUGUGGGCCGAUAUGCCUCUUAUCAAGACUCCUUACCAGGAGUAUUCGGAUUUCCUCGCGACCGCCAAAAAUGUUGCUGAAUGAAUGUGAUUUUGUUUAAAAUAAAAUCACGUCAAUAGUAA